UAGUCUGCAUUCAUUUUGGAUUUUUGGCUGCUAUUGUCAGGUUGAUUUCAAAACAUUCGCGAUGUCGCCGCUGGAGGAGCACCCCUAACUCAAAUUGGUGCAGUAACAUGUUCAACGCACAAACCAAGGCUACCUCCAAGGAGCAGUUUCUGGAGCAGGCAAAGGCGGCGCGCAUCGAGAGGGCCUACGAACGCAGGAGGGAUCAGGCUGCCACAUCCAUACAGGCUUCUGUGAGGGGCUUCCUUGCGCGGCAACGUCUUCGCAACGAGUUCAGGAGGCGGUUUGAUUCCGUCCUUGGAAGUGGAGAUGUUGAGGAUGUCAAGCUCACGUCACAGUCGGCGCUGGAGGUAUUCUGCGCUGCCCGUACAUUCCUCUUCAUAUUCCAUCCGGAGAUCGACAAAGAGAGAUUUGAGCGAUUAUGCCGCUGCAUCAUUGCUAGCAUGGACGCCGACUCCAUACAGGAAAGUUAUGUGUCUGUGGCCCUGAAUAAGGAGUAUGCGGUGCUGUGGAUCCAGCAGCUCAAGAACAUCCUCUGGAACUGCUGCAUCUACCUCAAGGACCUGAAGCCCGAGUCACCCCAGGAUGCCAAGCCUCUGAUGCUGCACCUUCAUGUCCUGGUCACCUUCACAAGCACGUCCUCUUGGAGGGUGCUUAAGGACAAGUCCUGUGAGCCUCUGCGGCCAGUGCUGAUGCAGCUGUGUGCCAAUGUGGCCAGUCACCUGGUGGGCAAGGGAGGUCUCUACGGGGCCCUGCAGGCCCUGCUGCUCAGGGGCCUGGCCAGGGCAAGGCCUGCCCUCAAGAGGGCUCCGCUCAUGGCUGCCACUAACCUGGCGCUCAGGCCCAUGAUAUCUGGCCAGUUCUCUGAGGACCUGAUGAACCUGUUCCUGCUUCACAUUCUCUCUGUGCCUGCCCUGGUGCAUCACCUCCUCAACAUUGCCCCAGAGUCGGUGGCGGUGUUCAACUCGCACGGGGUGUUCCGCCGGAGCCUGGACAUCCUGACGGUGGAGCAGAACAUGCGCAUCCUCUUCAACGCCCUGGAGGGCAACUACGCCCUCUGCCUGCUUGCCAACCUCGUGCACCUGGCUUACCUCAACAUUGAGAACCUGAGUUCAAGGUUGCUCGACUUUGUGCACGUUGCCACCAAGCUGCUGGAGAGCUGUCAGAAGUAUGUGGUGAACAAGCGCUCUAACCUGACCCACUGGCACCCCAUCCUGGGCUGGUUUGCCCAGAGCAUUGACCACGGCCUCCAUGAGUCCCUGGUGAGUGUUAAGCAGCAGCUGCAGCUCCUUUGGAGUGGGCCCCUGGUGCAGGUGCUCUUCAGCCCCCUGGUGGACGUGCUCUCGACUGCCGACACGACAGGCUCCCAGGCGGAUGCGACGGUGCCCAGUUCGCCCGCCGGCAGUGCUUCCAAAUUUGUGGUGACCUGUGGAGACCUGCUCAAGAAGGCCCUGGAGAGGGCAUCUUCUGGGCGCACCUGCAGCGUGCAGUACCGGAGGCUGGGUGGUCCCGAGACGACCACGGUGGCCCUGACCUGUGCCUUGUUCGAGACCGCCCUGUCCAGCCUCACCCAGCUCAGGCUGGACAUACUCACUGGGCUGUGCUACCAAGACCUUGUGCUGGCCCACCUGUGGAAGCUGGUGCGUAGCCUAGGGCCUGGCCAUGGGGUCAAGGCCUUCCUAGACCUGCUGGCACUCACGACCAAGGCCAGCAGCCCGGAGUUCAUGAUUCUGGUGCUGUUUUGCGACUGUGCCACCCACCUCAUCACCAUCCUUGAUGACCUCGAGCUGUACGAACAGCAGCGUCCCUUCUCUCUGGACGACCUGGUGGCCAUCUCAGCGUUCCUCAACACUUUUGUCUUCAGGCUGGUCUGGAACGGCCUUAUCGACCUGAAGUCCGUCAACUCGAACCAGCUGUUGUGCUCAUCACACACGCUGCUCAUGCUGCUGUACAAGCGAGACUGUCGCCGAAGCUACACUCCUCCCGACCAUUGGCUCAUAAAGGACAUGAAGGUGAGCACAUUCAUGGGUGACCUGGAGAAGGGCAAGAAGGCGGCGCAAGUGCUCAUGCAGAAGGUGCCACACAUCAUACCCCACAAGGAGAGGGUGGUUCUGUUCAGGAAGUAUGUGAACAACGAGAAGACGGUGCUGGGACUCACGGAGUCUGCCUGUGCCCUCUCCCAGUCCACCCUCAUCACCGUGCACCGGACGCGCAUCGUCGAGGAUGGCUACCAGCAGCUAGCCAUGCUGCCCACCCAGGCAUUGAAGGGAGUCAUACGAGUUCGCUUCAUCAACGAGCAGGGGCUAGACGAAGCGGGCAUUGAUCAAGACGGAGUGUUCAAGGAAUUCCUGGAGGAGACCAUCAAGCGAGUGUUUGACCCUUCGCUCAACCUGUUCAGGGCGACUUCUGAGCAACGGCUGUACCCUUCUCCCACAUCCUACAUUCAUGAGAACCACCUGUCCCUCUUCGAGUUUGUGGGCAAAAUGCUGGGCAAGGCAGUUUAUGAGGGCAUAGUUGUGGAUGUGCCCUUUGCCUCGUUCUUCCUGAGUCAGCUCCUUGGCCACCAACACAGCGCCCUCUACAGCUCCAUAGAUGAACUUCCCUCUCUGGACGCAGAUCUCUACCGCAGCCUCACUCUCAUCAAGCACUAUGAAGGGGACGUGCAAGACCUGGACCUGACCUUCUCCCUCAACGAAGACUGCAUGGGCAAGCUGGUCACCCACGAAUUGGUUCCAGGGGGCAAGGCAGUUCCCGUCACCAACGUGAACAAGAUCAGCUACAUCCACCUAAUGGCGCACUUCAGGAUGCACAUGCAGAUCCACGACCAGACGGGUGCCUUCCUCAAGGGCUUUCGUUCCAUCAUCAACCCGGACUGGCUCACCAUGUUCUCCACGCCCGAGCUGCAGCGGCUCAUCUCGGGAGACAACACGCCCAUCGACCUGCAGGACCUCAGGUGUUGUGCUCCUCAUUUGUUUUGUGGUCUGGCGGCUCUGCGAGAACAAUCGGUGUUCUGCAGGAGACACACCAAGUACUUUGGAGGCUUCCACAACAACCAUCGGCUCGUCAACUGGCUCUGGGACAUCCUGGAGAGGGACUUCAACUCCGAAGAGCACCGACUCUUCCUCAAGUUUGUGACCAGCUGCUCCAAGCCUCCACUCCUGGGCUUUGCCCAUCUGGAGCCUCCCUUCUCCAUCCGCUGCGUGGAAGUCAGUGACGACCAGGACACAGGAGACACGAUAGCCAGCGUGAUCCGUGGCUUCUUCACCAUCCGCAAGCGCGACCCAGUCAACCGGCUACCCACGUCGUCGACGUGCUUCAACCUGCUCAAGCUUCCGAACUACCAGAAGAAGAGCACGCUGAGGGACAAGCUGCGCUACGCGAUCACCAGCAACACGGGCUUUGAGCUGUCCUGAACGCUACCGCAAUGUGUUUGCAAGGCAACAUCUUGCCCGCAACGCCCGUUCAGGAAUCUUGACCGUUGCCACAGCCUUGCACGAGGCUGCUUAGCUACAUCCUGACGAGAGCGGUCAGUGGUCGGUUUAAGAUUGGGCCGACGAGUUGUUUAGACGCUUUCUUUGCUGUCGGUCGUCUAGCAAUUUUUACUUUUAGUGAGUACCGGAGGUCUCGACGAUGUGUUUCGACGAGUCGCGUCUCUCUACCCCGGAUCGACACCGUCGUACUAGUCACUGCGGGAUUUUUACGUUGCGGCAGGUAUGGCUAUGACGAAAUGCCACAGUUCUAAAGGGAGUUGUAGCUGGAAAGCUUUGCUGGUCGUUUCUGGAAACUGGGGGAGAUCGCCGUUUGGAGUCGACGAUCGCCUGCCGAGAAGGCAGACUUCGGGCAAAGGACGUAGACACACUCGGGUACUUUUCUGUGCAGCCUGUCACUUUAAUUGCAUGUUGCUUCAGACUUGCAGAGACUGUUUCUGUGGGUGCAUGGUACUUUUACUGCUAAGUUCCUAGAAAAUAAGGCGACUUCACAUGCCAACUAAGAGAAGCGCUGCACCCUAUGCCUGCACAUACGUUUAUACGGGGUCACAGGGCUACGCGUGCACUCGUAGAAUGUACAGGUGUGGAAGUCAAGUGCAAUUACGUUUAUUACUAUCUGUUCGGGGCGAUGUGCUUGGUAUCGUCAACCUAUCGGAAGUCACCUUUUCUCAUGACCUUUCUGAAACGCGAUUUUGUUUCUUUUCUUCGCUGUGGAAGAUGUUUACAAGAGCUUGCAUCAGUUUUAGCGGACCCACCCCUAGUGUGUAGGAGUUUGUCUAUUUAAAAUGUUGUGUAAAACUGACUUAUAGCACUUGGUUUUGAUUUACAAGGCAAAACAGAGUACUAUAGAUAUCAUUUUUAAAAAACGGAACCUUUUUUCUUUUUUUUUGUAAUGUAGGUUGUCAUUGUGUGGUUAGUACAUGAGAGCUUUAUUUAUGAUGUUUUAUUUUGCAGAAUAUAUAUGUAUUGUUUGAAAUGCGUUAGAAACUUUUAUAAAUUUAGCCUUUUGCUGAACUCUAGCAUUCUGCUGGCGCUUUCCAAAUGAUGACAAUUUCUUACAUGCAUGGAACGCAAGAUGCUGAAGUGCUUUGACCAAACAUAUCAGCUUCACUGUAUUCACUCAUCUCAAAUUCACUCUUGGUGGCAUUGUACAUCUGUACAGUUGUAAAUAAAUGCAUGUUUUAGCUUGUA